UUGUGUAUAAGUUUUGAUGCCUAUUCUUUUAUAUAACAACUAUGAACAGCUGGAGAUUAAAGAAAAGCAAGCAAAAGGGGAAUUUACUCCACAUCGGAACCAAGAUGCCUUAUCCGAGGCUCUUGGGAAGUCAGAUCAUUUGGGCCGGGCACGUGGAUUUGGAGGGGUGAAUGUCGGGGUCAAAAGGGCGUUUGGAAAGGCAACAUCAAAGCCUAAGUCUGAUCAUGAGACAAUAAAAGCACAACUUCGGGAGGAACUUCGGGAGGAAAUGAGAGAAGAGUUAAAGGCUAGCAUGAAGGCCAAUCUCCCUUCCAUUUUAGAAUCUAUGGGUUUAAGUACCACAUUGCCUUCAACAACUCCUUCGAACCACUCUCAACGUUCACCACCCAGGCAAAUUGAGCUACCCCAUGAGAAGGCUCUGCCAUCUGAGUUGGAGGAGGUUCUGCCGCCCUUCGAGGUAGAAACUACAUGCCAACUUCUACUUAAAGACCCGGAAUCUGGAGCAAUGUAUGAUGUGGCGAGUGCUACCGCAUAUCCACCUCGUGAGAAUGAAGUUUGUCACACUGUAUCGUUACUUCCCGGUCAUUUGAAGGUGAAAAUUCAGAAAGUGCCAGAUGAAUUCUUGGGCUUGCCACUUCCUGUUCCUGUUCCGGCGUUCGAAAUUGAGGCAAUGGAGAAUGCUAUUGGUACAUAUGUGCAAUGGCCUACUACAUUAAUUAGGUUUUCAGUUGAGGCGACACCGAAAGUUAAGAAGUUGAAGCGGAUGUCGCCAGAGAUGAUUUUUAGCAAUGAACUAGCCUCUGGCUUGUCGGCUUCUCGAAAAAGCCCGGAUAUUCCCGAUACCAUUGUAGAUUCCCUUAGUCAAGAAUGUGAGUGGUUGCGGACAUUUGUUGCCUCUAUGCCAGAUGGUGAUUCUUUUGAAGUGAUUCUAGAUGGUACCUCGUUCCAUUACAAUGAAAAUGGAAAAAUUCAAGUAGACAAGAAUGAUAUUUCACAGUUCUUAAGAGGAGCAAAGCUAAAUAUAUCCAUUAUUCAAGUUUUCAUGAGAGCACUCCAACAUGAAUUGAACUCAAAUGACAAGGCUUCCAAAGUUGGGUGGCUAUGUCCAGACACUACUUCUGACACCAAAAUAAAAUCAAGCACAGAGGAAGUCAACGCAUACAUUUUCAAAGCAAUGAACGAAUCAGUAAAAUCCAGAAAUGAGUUUGUUCUGGCACCAAUUUUUGAAAAUUAUGCUAAGUUGAUGCUGUCUGAUAGUUAUUGUUCUAAGUCAGUGCAUAUGUUGUUGUUCUAA